UCUUAAUGUGUUCAGUGAAAUGUUUGCUCUUUUUCAUUUUGUAUUAUUAUAAAUUCAAAGAGUUCUCUCCGCAAAACUUUAAAUUGGUCCGAACAAAAAUAUAUUUGUUUUUUCCUUUCGUUUUUGACAAUUAACCAUAUUCAUUUAAUAGCAUACACACCAUUUAAUAAUUCAUUCCAACGUGUCUAUCCAACACUGUAUAUACUUGCAUAUUACUGUGUUUGGCAUUAAAGGUAAGCCGUCAUAAGAAGAAAAAAAACCAAAGCUGUUUGAAGAUUAUAUCCGUAACUUUUCUGAAGAAUAUUUUCUAAUGUUUUGUUCAAGUUGUGGACUAGCGACAGAGUGUAGUUUCGUUUAAUCCAAUAGAUUGGAAUUAAAGCACUAUUCUUCAUUACCAAGAAAUCAAUGUGUUUUUAUAUGGAACAACAUUCAAUAUUUAAACAUCAAUACCUUAAUAUGAAAAAAAGGGAAUUGCUUCAAUCGACCGAAUACUCGGCGAUACGUUAAUAAUUAAUAAGAAUACAUUUCAAUUUAAUUUUUUUUCCUUCGAAACUUCAACUCGAAUAAAAAAUGCAGACAAAAAAAUAGUUCUGGAUGCAUUGAAUUUGAUUUAUAAGAAAAAUAAGGACAUGUCGAAAUAAUUUAUAGAUUCCAUUCUCUAUUUCCACUGAUCAGAAACAAGUGAGUCGCCAUAUCAGAAUCAGCAGGAGGAUCAGCAACACAAACAACAGUCUUCAUAAAGAAAAUCAGAAUUGAAAAAGAAAGAAUAGAUUGAAGAAAACAUUUCAAGUGCCAUAGCAUAGAUUCAUCAUUUGAAACAUUUUUAACAUGGUAAAACUAGCAAAAAAUAAUAGUAAAAAUAUCGAAAAAGCGUUAUGGAGGAAUAAAUAAACGCACCCAUACACAUGUAAAACUAUAGUAUUACAUGUGUACACAUAUACAUGUACAUGUGUAUGCAUAAAAUUUUAGAAAUGACAAACUAAACAAAUGAAUGUUGGAUGAAGUGAGAGCGGCGAAUGCAAGAAAAAAAAGAAAAGAAAAGUAACACGAGAACACUUCCAGUCGACGAAAAUAAAUUGGUGUGUAUGAUGCGAAAAUUAUAAAACUGUAAAACAAUGAAAUAGACACGGUGCGAUUUUUCUUCAGUGUCUAUUCGGCGUCUAUCCUUCUCGUUUUUACACAUUCUCGACGACAAUCGCUGUAAACUUUCCAUUCUCUAUUCAUGUUUGUCGUGUGAUUACGACGCUUAGACGAUACAUUCAAUACCGUGUAAAUCGCAUUGCUGGAACAUUGAGUUAUAAAAUGGUAAAGCAAAACAAAAGUCCCAAAUCAGACGAACGUUUGUCAGACCAAAAACAAUGAUAAAUAAAAGAGUAAACCAUAGCAAAAAAAAGAGAACGGAAGACAACGUAAUGCAAAGCAGUGCAAUAUAUGUAUACACACACUACAAGAAAUAGCAUUUGAAAACAAAUCUGAAUUGAAUAGAGUGCCGCAUGUUAUUGGGUCCAUUACACGGAAACUCAACAUCAGUUAUAACACAAUACGAGGCAUACAUUAAAGCAAGAUAAAUUCGUUGAAGAUGGCCGACCAGCAGUUUUUCUUGAAAUGGAAUGAUUUUCAAACGAAUAUGGUGACAUCUUUUCGUCAUUUGCGUGAUGAGAAAAGCUUUACAGAUGUGACAUUAGCGUGCGAAGGACAAACGUGUAAAGCACACAAAAUGGUUUUAUCUGCGUGUAGUCCGUAUUUCAAAUCACUGCUAGAGGAAAAUCCAUCGAAACAUCCAAUCAUAAUCCUGAAAGACGUUUCUUAUUCGCAUCUGCAGGCAAUUUUGGAGUUCAUGUAUGCCGGUGAAGUGAAUGUGUCUCAGGAACAAUUACCAGCAUUCCUAAAAACAGCCGAUCGGCUUAAGGUCAAAGGCUUGGCAGAGACACCGUCGUCAAUUAAAAGGGAAUGAUUUUUUUUUUCGUGUAGAAAAUGAAGAUAUUUAAAGGAAACAAAAAAGAAGUUUAAUACAUUUUUAAAAGUAAAAUUCUAUAUAACACAAAAACACACAGUAAAUAUAUUUACAGAUGAAAAUAAGUUGAUGAAAAUAGGUUUUCUAAGGAAAACAAAAUAAGUUAUAUAAAAAAAAAUCCUACGCCCAAUUGCAUACAUCGUUAGUUCACAAAAAAAAAACAACAACAACAACAACCAGAAGACACUUUUAACAUUACCAUGAUUGCGAUAACAAAAUAAAAUGCGGCACAAAUAAAGUGAAUCUACAUUGAUUUGCAAACCUUUUUCAUGGAGGUUUAAAUAAAUGGCUUAUAAAAUGCUAUUAUAGAAUGUAAAAAGUAUUGCAAACCCUUGUCCAGCUUUUGGAGAAUUCCCUUAACUCCAUUCGAGCAUGCUUUCAAAUAUGAAUGUACUGUACUAUCAAAACAAAAACAAAACUAAAAUAAAGUAAAAAAAAUGCUCUCAAUUUAAUUCAAAUUGACGAAACCACUUCAACUUAUUCUACCAUAGUACCAUAGUCUUGGCAUAUUCCGCCAAAAACUGAACUUAUUAUGGAACACUCUGGAUAAUUAACUGCCACAAGAAUUCGUGCUAUCAUUGAAGAAAACAAAACAAAAUAAAAUCAACUCUCAAAUCUUUGAAAAAAAAGCAAUGAUCAUGGCUAAAAACUAGUAAAUGCAUUGGACAUUUUAAUGAACGAUGGCUUUAACAUUGAUGAAAAAUGGAAACAAAAUCGAUUUUAGGCAUUUUUUUUUACGGGGAUGACGACGAGGACAAUGACAUUUGUAAGAGAAUUAGUGGAAAGAGAAUGGAUGUUACUGAGAAUUGUAAUUAUUAUAGAAUUAUAUGGUAUAUUUUAUACAGAAAAUCAUAAAAAAAAAUUGAGUUAUAUGGAUUCAACAAUAAAAUGUCUCAUUUGUACAGCAAAAUGAACAGAAUAAAUUGCAA